AUGAGCAUGCGUUUGCCAGCUGCACUCGUUGUUCUAGUCAAGUCUCUAAACUGCAUUUCUGUAAACGAUCAUUUUCAGCGUCCUCGAUAUCUUCUGGAGAUUCUCUCCUCUCUUGGAUCUGAUACAACUAUUGGUUGUGAGAAUCCAAUUCUACGUCUCUCUUAUGAGUUAUUGUGCAAAGCGAGUACCAGGACUCUUGUUGACUGCUUCUGGCAUAGCCUGAGCCUCUUUGAAAACUGUGGGUGCAUCUAUUACCAGGAGUUAAUCACACACUGGAUUCUCGAAGGCUACUUCGAUCCGGUUAGAUCGGUUACAAAGGCAUAUCAGGAUGGUCACUUUAUCUUGAUGGAGCUUAUGAACCGUGGUUUUCUGAAGGUACAAGAGGACAAUAUGGUUAUGCCAGAGGUUGCAAUCAAGAACUUAAUUGAUACCAGUCGUCGUGGCUUCUUAGGGAGAUCUCGACUUAGACUUUCCAGAGUUUAUGGUGGUAACAAGAAAGAUGGUCUAGGGAAAAUCAACCAGGUGGAUGACAUAAUAGAAGCAGGCCGAGUGACUAGGAACAGAGAGAAAAUCACUACAAUUCUGGUUGGUGGAAACGAUCUGCGCCACGAAUCUCUUGAGAAGUUCUUUGAAAAGCUCAAGGAUCUUGAAAUACUUGGCCUUUUCGGACCCAGACUGGCCUCGUUUGUCCCGUCUUUAUCAAAACUAACGAAACUCCGGGUUCUUGUGAUCAGGGAUUGUGAUCUACUGAAAAAUAUAGAGGAGCUUAAGGCCCUUCAAGGGCUUCAUGUUCUUGAAGUUUCUGGCGCUAGCUUCUUGAAGGAAAUCCCUGAUGACUUCUUUACAGCAAUGCCUGAUCUUCAAAGUCUUCACCUCUCUGUACUUCAGAUCAAAUCUUCCCCUUCCAGCAUUUCUAAGCUGAAGGGACUUCGUUGUCUCAUAAUUAGGGAUUGUCCGGUAUUGGAAGAUUUGCCAGAGAUACAUGAACUAGUGAAUCUUGAGGCUGUUGAUGUUUCUGGUGCUCGUGGACUUCAAACUUGUUUUGACAAAGCAAAAGGCGAAAAGAAAAACAAAAGCAAAAAUAGAAACUUUUAUCAUCUCCAACAACUUCAGCUCCUUGACUUAUCAGAAAGCCAAAUAGAAAGAUUACCACUAUUCCAUGAUGCUGCGGUAGGCGACAAGCUUCACUCCGUGACUCGGCUCUUGUUGCGCAACUGUAGGAAGUUGAUAAAAUUGCCCAGUCUGAAGCCUUUGUCUGGUCUCCAAAUUCUUGAUCUUUCUGGCACUUCUAGCUUAGCGAAAAUGCUGGACGUAUGUUUCGAGGAUAAGAGGGAGCUCAGAGUUCUUAACCUGUCAGGCACUAAUCUUGGCCAGUUGCCUUCCACCAUUGAGGAGCUUUCUAGUCUCAACAAACUCCUCCUAAAGGAUAGCAAGAACCUAGAAGUUAUCCCAAAUAUCUCAAAACUCAUAAAUCUCGAGGUCAUCGAUGUUUCCGGCUGUACCAAGUUGCAGACGAUUGAGGGAUCAUUUGAGGACAUGCAUUACCUGCGUGAAAUAGAUCUCACUGACACCAAAGUGAUGACCCUGCCGGAGUUGCCAACGGAGACCAAAGUCAUUUGUCCAAAGCGUAUUACUCUGGCAGAUGGAAGUGUUUUUAAAGGUGAGAAAUGGAGCGAAAUAACGGACACGAUUAAAAGUAAGAGAUCUGACAAGGCCAGCUCCUCUAAAGAAGUUGUUAAAUUCCAAGAAAUCUCAGAAACGGAGUCUGAAAAAACAAGUGAGAUUCAACCGCAUGAACCUCACGCCAGUGAAUGUACUGGUAAGGGAGAUGACAGCAAGGAACGUUUCUGCCAGGUUCUUAUAGACAUGGCUCUGUAUACAACGAAUCUAUCAUCUUUUGAUUCUGAAAGUCACACGGAAGUCCUGGAGAUAACUAACGGCGAAGGUGGUUUCACUGGUCAAGACAAAGAAGCCCUAGCUAAUGUGGAGUUUGUGUCUUUUGUGGACAGUAGUUCCACAAGGCUGGCAUCUAUCUUUAACGAGAUAAGAUUAGUGAAGGGUUGUUGGCUAAAGAUGUGCAAGGACAUAGAAUACCUUUUCUCUGGCGUGGAGGAGGAACGUUUAGGAUCACUGGAGAUUUUGUCUAUUACAAACCUUCGAUUGUUGGAUAGCAUAUGUAGCAGGGGAUUCAAGAAUCUGAAGAAGCUAAGCAUAGACUGCUGCCCAAAUAUCAAAAUGCUUUUCCCAUACGCCUCUCAGCUACCUAGCAGCCUAGAGGUCCUGCAUAUAAAGUUUUGCGUGAAGCUGGAGAAAGUGUUUAAAGAAGGCGAGGUGUCAACUCUCACUACCCUAUGUCUUCAUGAGUUGCCUGUGUUAUCAGCUGUUGGGGCCAAACUACCUAAUCUUAAGACAUUCAAAGUUAGAAAUUGCCCGAAGCUGGAGAACUUGUUUAAAGAAGAUGGCGACGUGUCAACUCUUACUACCCUGUGCCUUUAUGAUUUGCCUCUGUUAUCAGUCAUUGGAACCAAACUACCUAAUCUCAAGACACUCAAAGUCAGGAAUUGCCCGAAGUUGGAGAACGUGUUUGAAGAAGAAGGUGAAGUCUCAACUCUCACUACCCUGUGCCUCUUAGAGUUGCCUAUGCUAACAACUAUCGGAGCCAAACUACCUAAUCUCAAGAAAUUCAAAGUGAGGAAUUGCCCGAAUCUUAAUUUGAAUGGCUUGCAGGUAGCUAUCUGA